CUCUCUCUCUCUCUCUCUCUCUCUCUUCUAGGGUUUAAGCUCUUCGGAGCUGGUUUGUUCUCCACCGAGGUCCUUCAAUGGCGAAGACUAAAGCCGUCGAUCCUUCUCUCUGGUGGGACCCCUUUGAUUCGCUUCUCACCGAUCUUGAAAAUGCAUCUUUCUCCGGCGACCUCCCUCAGCCUCUGGUGAACAAGUUGAAGGAAAACCAUUCGUGGUUCGUGGGCACUCUCUCUAUGUUCAAGCCGCCUAAUGAGAAGUCGAAAGAGGCGCUGAAUUCGGAUGUUCUGAAAUUUAAGGAGCAUGAAUUGUUGAUAAGACCCGAAAUAAAAGAAAAAGCCAUUAGAAUCAGCUCUUACCUGAAUCUAGAUGAAAUCCAAUCAUACAUACUUGCGGAACGAUCUGUGGAGCAGGAGUACAUGGCAACUGAUACAACAGCUCAAGAAUUUAUUCACAUGAUAUCACUGCAAUAUUACAUAGAGAGACAGUGCCUGCUUAAGUGUACAAGGCGUAUUCUUGAACAUUCUUUAUAUACAGAUGCAGGAAUUCAUGCGAAAGAGGAAACAGCUGUUAACAAGGAAGCACUAAAACUGAUAUCUGAUGGGCUUGAAAGAAAACAAACAUCAGUGCUCGAGAACCUUCUGUCAUCUAGUUAUCCGCAAAAGAUGGAUGUUGAUUUGUUUACUUUGUGGGCUGAGGAGACGAUAAUUGAGGACAAUUUGGUUUUGGAUAUUCUUUUCAUUGUUUACUACGAAUCAUUUUGCACUUGCAACGGUGAAAGUUGGAGAAAACUUUGUUCCUUGUACAAGGGUUUUCUUUCAGGUUCUUAUAAUUUUGGGAAGCUAGCAGUGUCAGCUGAAGCACAACGUUCUGCAUAUCAUGCAAAGAUUCAGUUAUUGAUGAUUCUUUUGGAAACACUCGACCUGGAAAAUCUUCUACAAAUGGUCCAUGAUGGAGUGCCUUUUAGGUCGGGUUCAUGUGUUUUCUCUAUAACUGAUGUCCAAGAGAUGGAUGCAGCUAUCUCCAGCCUUAACACAUCUGAAGCAAAAGAAGCAGGACCCCUCAUCCUUGCAUGGGCAGUGUUUCUCUGUCUUAUUUCAUCACUUCCUGGGAAGGAGGAAAAUCCUUUACUGAUGGAGAUCAAUCAUGUCGGCUAUGUUCAUCAAGCCUUUGAAGCUGCAUCCUUGAGUUGUUUCCUUGAAAUUCUGCAAAGCAAUGUCUUGAAGGAGUCAGAUGGACCAGUUGCUGGUUAUCGUAGUGUCUUGAGGACCUUUAUUUCAGCAUUUAUUGCAUCUUAUGAGAUCAAUCUUCAGCUAGAAAAUAGCAUCCUAAAUUUGAUACUGGAGAUUCUUUGCAGAGUAUAUAAAGGAGAGGAGUCUCUGUGUAUUCAAUUUUGGGACAGGAAAAGUUUUGUUGAUGGUCCUAUACGAUGUCUUCUCUGCGAUUUGGAGUCUGAAUUCCCCUUUAGAGUGGCUGAAUAUAUCCGUCUCUUGUUAUCCCUUUGUGAAGGAAGUUGGCCUGCUGAAUGCGUAUACAACUUUCUGGAUAAAUCAGUUGGGAUAUCAACCUUAUCCGACCUAAGUAGUUGCUCUCUGGUGGAUGACGUCUGCCAAAUUGUUGAAUCAUCCCGCCCAUUGCAUGUUCCAGGUCUUGAAGGUGUGAUUGUUCCCAGUAAAACUCAUGGGCGUAUUCUGAAAAUGGUCAGUGAGAAUACUGGCGUUGUACGGUGGGAGUAUGCCCUAUCCAGCGUUACAGUGUUGAUCCUUCGUCUGGCCAAUGCAUUGUACUCGGGUAUCAACAGUGAAGUGCUCAUGAUUCUUGAGUUACUUCAUCAAAUGGUGACACAUAACAAGGCUGUCUGUUUCUCCUUGUUGAAUAUGAGCAACAUCUUACGUGUUCAAGAGUCUUAUGUCAGUGCAGAGAUGGAAACCGAUGUGAGGGUGGUUGAUAUAAUUUGCAAUUUGGUCAGAAGCUUGACUCUUGACUCUACUGGGGCAGCUGUAACAGCACUUGGUGUUGAUGUCUUAGCUAAGCUAUUGCGAUGUUCUCCGGCAAAUGUUGCUGCUGUUGUUUUAAAGACAAAUAUAUUCGACAUGGCUUCAGGGUCAGGCAUCCUAGACAUUGGCUACAAUGUUUCUUUGAGUGGAACAUGGUUGCUGUCUGGAAAACUGGUGAAGAUGAUCUUGAUCGACUGUGAGAAGAAUGAUGCAAGCUGUCCAUUGGUCAUAUCAGUUCUGGAAUUUACAAUGCAGCUUGUGGAGGUAGGAUUGGAGAACGAUGUGGUUCUGGCCCUAGUUGUUUUCUCCUUGCAGUAUAUUCUAGUUAGUCAUGAGUACUGGAAAUUCAAGGAAGGAAAUAUGCGUUGGAAAGUGACACUAAAGGCCAUUGAAGUGAUGAAAACAUGUAUCAGACUAAGCCCAUUCUCCAAGAAGCUGUGUGAUGUUGUUCGUGACAUUUUGCUGAACGAUUGCUCAGUCCACAGUGCUCUGUUUCGCAUUAUUUGUACAACCACACAAACUUUAGAGAAACUUUGUGUUAGCCGCUUUAUCGAACCAUCUGAAAUUGAAGGAUGGCAACUCGCCAUAGCUUCUGUCUUGGAUGUCUUUGACAUCACACUCUCUAAAUUCUCUGAGAAUACACAAUCUGGUCUUCCGGUGUUUCAUCAAGCCUUGCUGUCAUCUACAACUAAACCAAUCCCAGUUGUUGCAGCAGUUACAUCAUUGAUAUCUUAUUUCCGCAAUCCUGUCAUACAGGUCGGUGCUGCCAAAAUACUUUCAAGGUUAUUUACCAUGGCGGAAUCAUCACAACUAUAUCCAAUGAGCAACGCAUGCUUUGGUCUAGACGAUAAGCAGAUCAUGGAUUUAAAAAGUUCUAUUAGACGUAUCUUACUUGACCUGUCGGACCAAAAUGAAGAUCUUGUUGUCACCAUGAUGAAACUGCUAACAGUUGCAGCAAGAUAUCAGCCUGCCUUUCUGGUUGCCGUAUUAGCAUCAAAAGAUGACUCAGAUGUCCAGGCAGCUGAUGUUGGCAAUUUAAAGCAGUCAAAGCAAGAGGCUUCCUCAAGACUGGAACAGGCUUGUAAAUCUUGCAUAUUAGACACUAUUCUAAGUUAUGUUGAGAGAGCAGAUGAUGUCUUCAAUAGCAAUACAGGCAUAUUGCUGAGUUUACUUGAUUUCCUGAAAGCCCUGUGGCAAGAGGCUGGCCAAUACGCAAAUAUGCUGGAACCAUUGAAGAGCUCAGAGAAGUUGUGGAAGCAAUUAUCCGACCUUGUGAGGCAGACUGCCAAGCUAAAAGAUUCUACAGUUGGAAGUUUGACCAAGGAAGAGAUUGCUAAAUUGGUUCAGAAAUAUCAGUGUCAGUCCAAUGUUUUGGAAGUUAUGGCAUGUUACAUGUUCUUGAAUAAGAAGUUGCUGUAUGCAGAGUCACUUGUGAAACCAAGCUUUGAUCCAAAAGAGAAGGCUGAUAAUGUGGAAAAUCCAUUAAAAUUAAAGUCUACAGGUGAUUCAGAUCCCAAGGAUAUCUUCGCAAAAUUGUGCCACGAAUCUGUCUUGGGUAGCCUCAUUCAGACAGUAUCGUCUUUAGAUGGUGCAAGUGAAAUAAACUUGUCCACACAGGUGGCUGGGAGUUUCCUCACUGUGCAUUUGAUUGUAAAACUGGAAACAUCUGGUUCUGGAGCCUUGUCUGUGUCAUUAGUUGAAAUGGUCAAACUUAUAUCUGCAAUGCUUUGCAGCCAACCUGCAUUUUCCGAGUUAAUGGCUCAAUAUUCCAAACUUGGCUACAGUGAAGGGAAGGAGUUGAAGACUUUAAUUAUGAGUGAUCUUUACUGCCAUCUACAAGGCAAACUUGAGGGUCGUGAUAUUCCAACUGGUCCUUUCAAAGAACUUUUCCAAUUUUUGGUUGAUUCAAGCUUUUGGGAGAAAUACAAACAGAAAAUUUUUGAAGAUGUAAGCAUGGCUUUUGAAGAGAAGCUCUUGUUUGACACUCAGCGCAUACAGGCAGAACUGGGACUAGAUACUUGGGAUUUCUCCGACUGGAGGACAUCUAAAAUAAUUGCAGAGGAAAUGUUGCAUUACAUGGAGAAAGCAAACUCAAUGGUUCUGCUCUGGAGUUCGAGGCUUUCUGCUCUGCAAGCAUUGAUAUCUGCCAUGAUUCUUUAUGAGGACAAUUCUCUAGAGGAGAAGACAGAGGUUGAAAGGAAGGUCCCGUACCAAGUCACUCUUUCAAGUAUCAGUGAGGUAUGCCUGAACUUCCGUGCCACAGUUGAAUCAUUGUCCCCUGCCUGGGAUGCACCCAAGGAAAUCUUUGAUAUCCUUGCAGCUCAAAUAGACUUGCUUUCUUGUCUAUUGAAAUCUGCAAAGAAAAAUCUGUCAUUGUCCAUUUGUGCACUUGUCCUGAGAAACAUUGGAUCUGGCCUCAGAGUCCUUGGUAGUUUGAGGCAUUCAUGUGCUGUGGUGAAGAAAACAAUGAAACUCCUGCUUGAGGUUCUUCUGGUUGUGGCUUUUGGUUCGGACAGCUCAAAAUCGAGUGGUACAGGAGUUAUGGUCCCUGCCAAAGAUUUAGCAGAAAUAUCUGAUGCGACCCUUGGAUUAUUACCCCUUCUGUGCAACUUCAUGGGCAGUCUCAAGUAUUCUACUCUCUGCCUGACAAUUAUAGAUCUGAUUCUCAGAAGCUUUUUGACACCGGAGACAUGGUUCCCUAUCAUACAGAACCAUCUGCGCUUGCAGCAAGUUAUUUUACAGCUUCAGGAUAAAACUUCAAUGGCAUCCGUGCCAGCGAUUCUGAAGUUUUUCUUGACUAUAGCUCAAGUUCGUGGUGGUGCUGAGAUGCUCCUAAAUGCUGGUUUUUUCUCUACACUAAGGACAUUAUUCAUUGACUUGCCGGAUGGAAGGUCUGCCUUGGUAUUGAAUAAUGAAAAAAGGUCGGUAGCAGAAAAGACAGAAAAGGCUCAGCAUAUCUGGGGACUCGGUUUGGCUGUGGCUACUGCCAUGGUUCAUUGUUUAGGAAAUAGUUCUUUGGGUGCAGACGUUGUGGAGAGUGUCAUAUAUUACUUCUUUUCAGAGAAAGCUUACAUGGUCAUGUACUACCUCACAGCUCCUGACUUGCUGUCAGAUAAUCGUGACAAAAAAAGACCACGGAUUCAAAGGACAUGGACUUCACUGGCUUAUCUGAGAGAAACUGAGCAUACUCUCGUUCUGAUGUGUGCAUUGGCAAGCCAUUGGAGAUCAUGGGUUAAAAUUAUGAAAGAGAUCAAUUCUCCUUUGAGAGAAACAUGUAUACAUCUCUUGGCCUUCAUCAGCAAAGGCGCUCAACACGGGAGAGAAACUCAGAGCCAAAUGGGUCAUGUCUUAUUCGCUCCGGUGCAGAAAGAAGAGUUUGAUUCCUGCAAAAGACAACCUUUGAUCAACAGCAAACAUGGAUGGUUCUAUGUAGCUCCUUUAGUUUGUGUCGGCAAACCCAAAUCUAAUGCUGCCUCAGUCUCAUCGACGGCUCUUGUUGUCAGCGCCCAAUCAUCAACGGAACCUCCGCAAACUCUUCCUCAAUCACAUUUCUCAGACUCUGUGGCGGUUCAGAUUUACAGAGUGGCUUCCCUCUUGUUGAGAUUUCUGUGUUUACAAGCAGAGGGAGCUGUUAAAAGGGCAGACGAAGUGGGCUUUGUGGAUCUUGGUCAUUUCCCCGAGCUACCAGAGCCGGAGAUUUUGCACGGUCUACAGGACCAAGCAAUGGAAAUUGUGAGAGAGAUGUGCGAGAAAUACAGAGGGAAAGAGGUUCCAGUCGAAGUGAAAGAGCUAUGUCUUUCCCUGCUCCAAACAACGGAGAUGGCAUUGUACUUGGAGCUGUGUGUGGUGCAAAUUUGCAAGAUACGUCCUGUUUUAGGUCGAGUGGAUAACUUCUCCCAAGAGUUCAAAAAGCUUAUGAAAGCUGUAGAGACGCAUGCCUACUUGGAACCAACAAUGGAUUCCCUGAAACAAGUAACUUCGUUUGUUUAUCCCUCAUCGUAUUGAGCCGUUUCUUUUUCUUGAUUUGUUUCUAAUCCCCAGAUAGGAUGUAGCUUUAGUUGCAACAGUAUGUAUGUGUUGUGUUUUUAAGAAAUGGAAUUCUCCAUGAGUCAUUGAUAUAUCGUUUUCAUAUACUCUGUAAUUAUGGAUCUCUCUCUCAUGGUUUCACAUGUUAUUGUUAUUUUUUUUUUUUU